AUGGACACUAUCAUUGAGCCCGCCACCAUUAUGCAGGUUCCUCAUACGGACCUUCUGAAAGUCCAGAUUCCAAUUCCAACAUCUAAGCUGCGACGCUUCCAAGGCAAACCCGGUCACCAUGUCUACUUAAACAUUCCCUCCGGUGCCGGCUCAAGCCGCAUAGAUGGGCUGCUCUCAAACCCAUUUACGGUAGCCGAGGUCUCCACCACCGAGAUCACGCUAGUACUUCGAGCCCGGCAGGGUCCCCUAACACAGACUUUACGAACUCAUGCGGAGCAAUUUGGGACCAAGUUUCCGAUCAGCAUCGAAGGCCCAUAUGGGCCUUCUGCCCAGGUCAUAGAUCAGGCCCUGAAAAUGGACCGUAUCCACCUGGUGGCAGGGGGAAUCGGAGCGAGUUUUAUCAUACCCGUCUACCGCGCCUUACUUGAACAGCUGGGGGCUGAAGCAGGUGGUCCAGAGCGGCUGCACUUCACCUGGGCUCUAAAAUCGACCGCCGAGGCCAGUUGGGCCACGGAUUCAGAAGAGCAACUAUUCACGCAGAGCCCCAAUGUUCACAUAUACGUAACUGGGCACCAUUCGCAAAGGCAGUCAUUCGGCGGCGAUCGUUCGACCGAGAGCAUAGAGAUGGGUGAAUUGCAGCUACCCCAUGAACUGGUCGGAGGAAUCAAACCACACAUAGGGCGGCCUGAUUUACAGGUGCUUGUGAGCCAGACUUUCAGCUAUCAUGCCGAGGAAAGCGUAGCAGUUCUGUUCUGCGGGCCGCAUGAUAUGGCACGCCAACUACGAGCCCAUGUUGGCAAGUGGGUGGACAAAGGACGUUAUGUUUCCUGGCACGAGGAAAGCUUUGGCUGGUAA